GCUAUGAGAAAGGCUCUCAACGCCUUACUUGUCACCAUGUUCCUGUUUGCGGCUCUGGUGCCUGGCGACGCCCUGCCUUCCACCUGCCGUCCCGAGUACCAGAACCUGCCGGGUGGCCUGGUGCACACCGCCUGCAAGCCUCCCAACCCAAACUGCGCCUUCAUCUCGACGGGGCUCAGCGCGGCUGAGAAGGCCGAAGUGCUUAAGACACACAACGACUACCGAUCCCAGGUUGCCCAAGGACGACUGCCCGGGUUUCCCAGUGCUACCGAUAUGUACCGCUUGAAGUGGGACGACGAGCUAGCUGAGGUGGCCCAGGCAUUCACGGACCAGUGCGACAACAAUCACGAUAGACCAGACCAGCGAAUGACUACCAAGUUUCCCAAAGUGGGUCAGAACAUCGCCUGGAAUUACGAGUCGACGGACACUCCAGUCGUGGACAGCGCCGGUCGCGUGAAGGAUUGGUUCGACGAGUACAAGGACUUCAGUGCUGGCAACGUUGAACCCUUCAGCGUCAGUGCUGGGCAUGUAGUCACUCAUUUUACGCAGGUUACAUGGGCAGAAACGCAGUACCUAGGCUGUGGUUACACGCACUACAAGCUUCACCAGGACGCCAACCCGAGCGUCCCUUUUAAGAAGCUCUAUGCUUGCCAUUAUGCCCCAGGCUACUUUGCCCGUCGGACCUUUUCUUCAGCGCCAACAAUUGAAGGUAUGUACACUGGUGGCAUGUGA